UUGGGCGCCGAGCGGGCUGCGAGCGGUUGCGGUUCCAGGCAUUCGCCGGCGCUGCGGAGCGACGCGUUUAGACUCGGCACCGCCUGCUCCCGGGGUGACUCCCCUCCCAGCCGCUACUGUUCCCUGGAAGGGCGCCCGAGUGACAGGAGGGGUCGGACCCCACGACAGAGGCGGGAAACAGCGGCCGGAGGACGCGGACCCAGACCCGGGGCGGAGGCGGACCGCGCGGGAGCCGGCCAUGUCGGUGGUGGGGCUGGACGUGGGCUCGCAGAGCUGCUACAUUGCGGUCGCCCGGGCCGGGGGCAUCGAGACCAUUGCCAACGAAUUCAGCGACCGGUGCACCCCAUCAGUCAUAUCAUUUGGACCAAAAAACAGAACAAUUGGAGUUGCAGCCAAAAAUCAGCAAAUCACUCAUGCAAACAAUACUGUGUCUAACUUCAAGAGGUUUCAUGGCCGAGCAUUCAGUGACCCCUUCAUUCAAAAGGAAAAGGAAAACUUAAGUUAUGAUUUGGUUCCAAUGAAAAAUGGUGGAGUUGGAAUAAAGGUGAUGUACAUGGAUGAAGAGCAUCUGUUUAGUGUGGAACAGAUAACAGCCAUGCUGCUGACAAAGUUAAAGGAAACUGCUGAAAGCAACCUCAAGAAGCCAGUAACAGAUUGUGUUAUUUCAGUCCCCUCUUUCUUCACAGAUGCUGAGAGGCGCUCUGUAUUAGAUGCUGCACAAAUUGUUGGUCUUAACUGCUUAAGACUUAUGAAUGACAUGACAGCUGUUGCUUUGAAUUAUGGAAUUUAUAAGCAGGAUCUCCCAGGCCUGGAUGAGAAACCUCGGAUAGUGGUUUUUGUUGAUAUGGGACACUCUGCUUUUCAAGUGUCUGCCUGUGCCUUUAACAAGGGAAAAUUGAAGGUACUGGGAACAGCUUUUGAUCCUUUCUUAGGAGGAAAAAAUUUUGAUGAAAAGUUAGUGGAACAUUUUUGUGCAGAAUUUAAAACUAAGUACAAGUUGGAUACAAAAUCCAAAAUUCGAGCCCUGCUUCGUCUGUAUCAGGAGUGUGAAAAAUUGAAAAAGCUAAUGAGCUCCAACAGCACAGACCUACCACUGAAUAUUGAGUGCUUUAUGAAUGACAAGGAUGUCUCCGGAAAGAUGAACAGAGCACAAUUCGAAGAACUUUGUGCUGAACUCCUGCAAAGGAUAGAAGCUCCCCUUUAUUCACUGAUGGAACAUACUCAGCUCAAAGUUGAAGACGUGAGUGCUGUUGAGAUAGUUGGAGGUGCUACACGAAUUCCAACCGUAAAAGAAAAAAUUGCCAAGUUCUUUGGAAAAGAUGUCAGCACGACACUGAAUGCAGACGAAGCGGUAGCCAGAGGGUGUGCUCUGCAGUGUGCAAUCCUGUCCCCAGCAUUUAAAGUUAGAGAGUUUUCUGUCACAGAUGCAGUUCCUUUUCCAAUAUCUCUGGUCUGGAGCCAUGACUCAGAAGAUACCGAAGGUGUUCAUGAGGUGUUCAGUCGGAACCAUGCCGCUCCCUUCUCCAAAGUUCUCACCUUCUUGAGAAGUGGACCUUUUGAGCUGGAAGCUUUCUAUUCUGAUCCUCAAGGAGUUCCUUAUCCAGAAGCAAAAAUAGGCCGCUUCAUAGUUCAGAAUGUUUCUGCGCAGAAAGAUGGAGAGAAAUCGAGAGUGAAAGUGAAAGUACGAGUCAACAGCCACGGCAUUUUCACCAUCUCUACAGCGUCUAUGGUGGAGAAAGUCCCCACCGCGGAGAGCGAGCUGCCUUCUGUUGAAGCAGACAUGGAGUGUCCAAGUCAGAAGCCGCCAGAAAACCCAGACUCAGAUAAAAGUAUCCAGCAAGACAGCAGUGAAGCUGGAACACAGCCCCAGGUACAAACUGAUGGUCAACAGACUUCACAGUCUCCCCCUUCACCUGAACUUACCUCAGAAGAAAACAAAACCCCAGAUGCUGACAAAGCAAAUGAAAAGAAAGUUGACCAGCCUCCAGAAGCUAAAAAACCCAAAAUAAAGGUGGUGAAUGUGGAGCUGCCCAUUGAAGCCAACUUGGUCUGGCAGCUGGGGAAAGACCUGCUUAACAUGUACAUUGAGACGGAGGGUAAAAUGAUAAUGCAGGAUAAACUGGAGAAGGAAAGAAAUGAUGCUAAAAAUGCAGUGGAGGAGUAUGUGUACGAGUUCAGGGACAAGCUGUUUGGGCCGUACGAAAAAUUUAUAAGUGAGCAGGAGCAUCAAAACUUUUUGAGAUUGCUCACAGAAACUGAGGACUGGCUCUAUGAGGAUGGAGAGGACCAAUCUAAACAGGCGUAUGUGGACAAGCUGGAAGAAUUAAUGAAAAUUGGUACUCCGAUUAAAGUUCGGUUUCUAGAAGCUGAGGAACGUCCAAAAAUGUUUGAAGAACUAGGGCAGAGGCUGCAGCACUAUGCCAAGAUGGCAGCCGACUUCAGAAAUCACGAUGAGAAGUAUAACCAUAUUGAUGAGUCUGAAAUGAAAAAGGUCGAGAAAUGUGUAAAUGAAGUGAUGGAGUGGAUGAAUAAUGUCAUGAACGCUCAGGCUAGAAAGAGUCUCAAUCAGGACCCAGUCGUGCGUGCUCAGGAAAUUAAAGCAAAAAUAAAGGAGUUGAAUAACACUUGUGAACCUGUGGUAACACAGCCCAAACCAAAAAUCGAAUCACCCAAACUGGAAAGGACUCCGAAUGGCCCAAAUACUGAUAAAAAGGAAGACAAUUUAGAUCAAGGCAAAACCAGUUUUGGUGCUGAACCUCCACAUCAGAAUGGUGACUGUCACCCUACUGAGAAGAGUUCCGUCAACAUGGACUUGGACUAGAUAACGUGAAAUUGGCUUCAUCCUUCAAGUAAUAAUAAAAUAUUUUUGCCAUAGUAUGUGACUUGACAUAACAUACUGAGACUAUAUUUUCUUUUUUAAGGAUGUUUAGAAGUUCUGUGUAUUAUAUGGAGAAAGAAAAAGCAUAAGUCUGUAGUCUUUACGAUCCUAAAAGGGAAAAUUGCCUUGGUAACUUUCAGAUUCCUGUGGAAUUGUGAAUUCAUACUAAGCUUCUGUGCAGUGUUACCAUUUGCAUCACUGAGGAUGAAAUUGACUUUUGUCUUUUAGAGAAACUGAAACAGCUGUACUGAUUGUCCAGGGCUGUGGGUAAAAUCGAUUGUUAUGCCAAGGUAGUUUUCUUGCAUUUUGCUCUCCGUUUCAGCAUGUGUGUGGAUGUUUAUAAACAAGACAGUCUGAUUUCAGAAGGGCUUUCUAAAAUUCUGUCCAAUUGAAUAUGACUUUUUGCUUUGAUAUUAAAAACGUAUUGAGUAAUGCAGAUGCUAGUGAAAUGUGUUAGCAUGCAAAACAAAAACUUUAAAAUAUCUUGUUACACAGUACAUUGUCAUGUGAAGGUGUAAAAUGGAAGAAAUGUGGAUUCUGUUUGUAACUGAUAUUGUGAAGCCUUUUAUGAGCUUUAAAAUAAAGUUCAUUUUAUGGUGUCAUUUCUAAAA